AUGUCUUCCUCGGUGCAGGACCUCAUUCCACAACUUGACAUUGGGAGGACGUUCGGGGCUCUUUUUAUUGCGGUUGCUAUUGCAGCAGUGUUCGUAAACGAUUUGCUUCACAUGCAGCCAAAGCUUCUUUUUGGUUUAUGCAGCAGUCAAGCUUUCAUCUACUUUCAGACGCAUAGUGUCACAGGGAUGACAUUGUAUAAACUAGCUGUCAUCUGGCUCUGGAUACUCGAUGCUCUGCACCUAGCCUUGAUUGUCCACUGCAUCUAUUAUUAUCUAGUGAUUAACUAUGCAAACAUCGGCGCGCUCACGGAAAUUGUAUGGAGUUUUAAAGUUCAGAUAAUAUUUGAGGUUUUCAUCGUCUAUGGGGUAAAUCUCCUGUAUGCUUAUCGCAUAUGGAUACUCGGCAAGGGCCAAUCAAGAACCCUCAGGCUCCCUAUCACAGUAGGUAUAAUCAUAUUCUUAAACUCAGGUGUUGCCAUCGGUAAUUGUUUGAACGAUGCUCUUCCCUUAUUUGGGCCAUCUACACGAAGUGCUAAUAUCGAGUGGACGACAUUCAUGACUUUGGGCGCGAUUGCUUUUACCGACAUCGUUAUCGCAUCAUCACUAUGCUACCUCCUGGCUACCUCCCGUACUGGAUUCUCUAGCACUGAUUCCUUGAUAACGAAGCUCAUGGCCUAUAUCAUUAAUACCGGUUGUCUGACGAGCAUAUGUUCGAUGGCAGCUAUAAUUACAUGCGCAGUCAUGCCGACCAACUUCACCUUCCUUGCCAUUGAAUUUUUAUUGGCUAAAUUAUAUGUCAACUCGUUCCUUGCACUCUUGAAUGCACGAUACUACACGCAGGUUAACACAGACACUAGUAACUCUCACCCAUUGCGCAACCGCCAUGGGGUCUACCGCCCGGAGCUGCGCGUUAGGCCGUCGGACGACGAACUCCAGGCAUCCCGGAGGGACGCGCUUAAACAUCCCGACGAUGAAGCUGUGCAUCCUUCUCGUUUUAUCAAGCCACAGCAGUCGAUUGCAGUGAUAACGGAGAUGGAUUCUUUCUCGUCUGUGUGAUGGAUGAGCAUCCAUGUGGUAUUGCCUAUCCGUCUUCUCACGAGAUAGGAGUUAUAGGACAUUAAUAUCGCGCGUUCUUCUCAAAUGGAAAUGGUACAGUGGCAGGGAACAAGAGGGAUCUAGUACACUACAUCAGUACACCUCACUACCAGCUUAGAAUUAUAUCUAUUAGGUCAUUCGAGAUAUCUUGCGUAGAAAAAUUUGACCUACUAUCAACGACUUUUCAUGGCAGGGAGUGGCGGGUGUGGUAUCAGUUUGAUGGGAGCUGUUGAUUCGAUUCUUCC